AAUGGAAAACACAUUUGAAGAAGGAGAAAUAGUGGAGGGUCAACAGUUGGUGGAGAAUGAGCCCAAGUUAGCUGACGAAAGUCACGCUGUCCUUCCUUCAUGGUUGAAAGGAAAACUUCCAAAGAGGAAAAGAACCCACUCCUCAUCGUCGCUUUCGCCGCCGCCCUCUAGAGAAUCUGUUCAUUCGUUUGAUGAGCUUCACUCGCAACGAAGUUCACCGAGUUGGUUAUCAGGCUCGCUCAAAAACUGGAACUUCAGCAACUUUGCGCAGGAGAGGAAAAAGUUGUCAGAAAGCGAAAAAAGUAACUAUUCUAAUAACGACUUCAGUAAUCACGCCAACUUCGUCAACGCACCGUCGCCACCGCCUCCUCCACCACCCUCCGAACCGCGCCUGCCUUCUCCGCCUCCACCGCCACCGCCACAAUUACCACCUUCUACUGUACCCACCACAAUAAUGACCGUGGAUUCUUCAUAUUCUGGUUUUUCUCGAGCAAAGUCUUCAUAUCGUGAGGGAGCUUCAACUGCUGAGCUUGCAAGUCGUUCUUCUUAUAACGAGUUGAACAGUUUGACGACCAAGGAGGUUGUUGACGCUCGUUCUCAGUCACUUUCGGAGGAUAAAGACUUUGCGGAAACUACUCAUCCUGAAUCUAUCUCUGAGGAAUUAGCGAUGACAGAGGAAAGAAGCAAGUUUGAAGAUUACUCGACUGGCGACUCUUAUUUCUAUUUAAGCUAUAUUGAGUCGAUACGAGACACUAUCCAGAAUAAUUCCAGCAGAGUUCCAGACUUGAGACAUUUUUUAGACUGCCUUGGUACUGAGAAAUAUUGGGUGUUUUUGAGGGACAUAUAUGAAAAACGAACGCAGCGUACGGCUUCAUUAGAAAGAGAGUUCAAGUCUGCUUUAGAGUUAGAUUUGGCGGAGGAGCAAGUAGAGAAGAAGCAGUUUGAAUCUUUCAUACAAAGGAUUCGACUGGAUAGGCUAGAAGGAAACGUAACUUUUGUAGAGCUUGAAUGGAAUGGUGAUCAUAUUCGCUUAUAAUGCAUUGAUUUCUGUAUUAAUAAAUUGAUAGUAAAAAUGUUACACUUGGA